AUCGGAAGGGCGCAUGCGCAAUAGUCCUAGGAGGGGCACAGCCUGCCGAUCCGGAUCCAAAGCUGGGAGCGCUGGGAGCUGCUGAGUCUCCUGGAAGGACAGACGGACUUGACCGUCUUGGCCCGGGCCUGAGGCACAGGCCCCAUGGGGACUGAGCCUGUCACUUCUACCACCGUGGUUUGCCUGGGAGAUCUGCACCCGCAGCCCUUGUCCUGCGGCCUGGGGACGAUGCCAGCCUGAACCAGGGUCCUGGGCAUGGAGUUCCUGUCAGAUCCCCGGCACCCACCAGGGUCCCCAGCCAUGGACUUGAAGGAGCCCAAAAGCCCCGCGCUGCGCUCUGAUGGACAGCCCUCGAGCACCCAGUGGGCCUCGGGGCCCGGGGGGCCCGUCACGCCGAAUGCCAUGGAGCUGGGCGCCUCCGGUGUGCAGGAACUGGUCCAGCAGCUGGAAGCCCUUCCCGGUGACCUGGGUGGCCCGUUCCCAGAAGGAGAGCCCUGUCCCCUGCACAUCGCCACCGGCCAAGGCCUGACCGCCCCGGAGAGUGUGGACGCCGGAGGGCUCCUGUCUGCUGAGGCGGGCAGGGAAGACUUUCUGGGUCUGCUGAGGUUUGAGUCGACUUCGCCUGCUCAGCCAGGGCCUGCGGACCCCCCCCAGACUGCACCCCGCUUGCUGCAGCCACCCGAGGACCCUGAUGGGGACCGGGGCUUGCCAGGGUGGAUGGAGGGGACGUUGUCGGGGGAGCCAGCAGACAGCAGGAGUUCCAGCAGCUCCCCGGAGCCCUGGCUGGAGACCGCACCGCUGGUGACCCAGCCGGAGUCAUCUGCAAGUUCUCAGAGCCCCGAGACCCUCGCCUCAUGCCCUGCCGUCUCUGAGGUUCCAGGUCCCUGUGGCCAUGAGGAGCUCGUGGACGGUGUCAUUUUCACGGCGAAAUACCUGGGCUCCACCCAGUUGCUGUCAGAGCGCAGCCCGCCGCCCAGCAUGCGCAUGGCGCAGGCACAGGAGGCCAUGGACCGCGUCAAGGCCCCCGAGGGUGAGACUCAGCCCAUGGUGGAGGUGGACAUCUUUAUCUCCACCAAGAGGAUCAAGGUGCUAGCCGCGGACUCCCAGGAUGCCCUGAUGGACCACGCCCUGCAGACCAUCUCCUACAUCGCGGACAUUGGGCCUGUGCUGGUUGUGAUGGCUCGGAGACGGCUGGCUAGGAGGACCACGCCCCAGGACCACAAGCAGCGUCUCUACAAAAUGCUGUGCCAUGUCUUCCACUCAGAGGAUGCCCAGCUCAUUGCACAGGCCAUCGGCCAGGCCUUCAGCAUCGCCUACAUCCAGUUCCUGCAGGAGAACGGGAUCGACCCCAGCCAAGUGGGCACGCAGCCCUCGGCCGCCAGCCACCCGCACAACGGAGACCUGGACCACUUCUGCAACAGCCAGAACUGCAGGGAGGUCUGCAUCCAGAAGCGGCCUGGCGAGGGCCUGGGCGUUGCCCUGGUGGAGUCGGGCUGGGGCUCGCUGCUGCCCACCGCCGUCAUCGCCAACCUGCUCCACGGGGGCCCUGCCGAGCGCUCCGGAGCCCUCAGCAUCGGGGACCGCGUUACCGCCAUCAACGGGACCAGCCUGGUGGGGCUGCCCCUCGACGCCUGCCAGGCCGCUGUGCGCCCAUCAUCCGCCGGCCCCGCCAGCACGAGCAGCUGGGCUUCUGCGUGGAGGACGGCAUCAUCUGCAGCCUGCUGCGCGGGGGCGCGGCCGAGCGCGGGGGCGUCCGCGUGGGGCACCGCAUCAUCGAGGUCAACGGGCAGAGCGUGGUGGCCAUGCCCCACGCGCGCAUCAUCCAGCUGCUCACGGAGGCGCAAGAGAUUCACAUCAAGACCAUGCCCGCUGCCACCUACCGGCUGCUCACGGGGCAGGAGCAGCCGGUGUACCUGUGACCGCCCCGCCCGUGCGUGCCUUCGUCCCCGCCACCACGACGGGGAGCCCAGAAUCCUCGGCCUCGUAUUGUUUUCUAACGUUAAAGAAAUUAAAGGUUUAUUAAAUGGUCAAAGGCCCCGAGUCCUCCUGGGUAAGCGAGGCUGCAGGGAGGGCGGGCGGCGACCUCUCCCUGUGACCUCUCUCUGUGGCUGUGAUCUCUCCCUGUGA